AUGGCAGAAACAGUUCUCUCUUUUGUGCUGGAUCAACUCUCAACUUUUCUGCGCAAGGAGGGACGACUAUUGGGAGGGCUUCGGCAAGAGGUCCAAUACAUCAGGGAUUCGUUGGGGCAUAUGAGAGCUUUCCUAAGAGAGGCAGAAGCAAAAGAAGAAGACGCUCAACCCAGGUUCCAAGAAUGGAUCAAGCAAGUGCGAGAGGCUGCUUAUGACACUGAAGACAUUCUUGAUGAAUUUGUAGCUCGCUUUGCUCGGCAUCGCGCAACAGGAUUCUACGGCUCUGUUCGGAGAAGUUUCAGCUCCAUCAAGAAUUUGAGAGCUCGUCAUCGAGUUGCUAACGAAAUACAAAGCAUCAAGUCAAGAAUCAAAAGUAUUUCUGAAGGUCAUCAAAGAUACCAAUCCGAAUAUGGUAUCUCUGCCCAAGCGUCCAACUCAAUUUCUGUUGUGAACAACACAACAUGGCGCUAUAGCAGAGAUGACGCACUGCUUGUGGAAGAAGCUAAAUUAGUUGGUAUUGACAAGCCCAAGAAGCAUCUAAUUUCUCAGCUCCUGGAAGGGGAUGAUUACCAACUAAAAGUUGUUUCAGUGGUUGGAUCUCCUGAAAGACUUGAUUCGGCAGUUACACGAGGAAGGGAAGAAACCAGUCCACAAUCGAUCGAGUCUAUGGCUACCAUUGAGCUGAAAAAAUUUGUCAAAGAUUUUCUUCAACAAGCUGGAAGGUAUGCAAUUGUUUUUGAUGAUGUAUGGGACGUGGAAUUUUGGAAUACCAUCAAAUUUGCACUGCCUGAGAGUAGCCACGGCAACCGUGUCAUGCUAACAACUCGAAAAGCUGAUGUAGCCUCUGCCUCUUAUACAGAAUCUCUAGGCUAUAUCCACAGAAUGGAGCCACUGUCCUUUGAAGAUUCGUGGACCCUGUUUUGUAACAAGAUCUUUAAGGGAAAUAGUUGCCCUGGCCAUUUGAUGGAUGUUGCCAAAGGUAUAUUGGAUAAAUGUGAGGGCUUGCCCCUUGCGAUUCUUGCAAUCAGUGGGCUUUUGGCUUUGAAAGAUGUAAACAGAACAGAGGAAUGGGCAAUGGUUCGAUGCAGUCUUGGGGGUGAAUUAGAAGGCGCAGGUAAGCUGGACAGAGUUAAAAAGAUACUCUCUCUUAGUUAUAGUGAUUUGCCUUGGCAUCUAAAGACGUGUUUGUUGUACACAAGUAUCUACCCAGAGGAUUAUGAAAUAGAAUGCUAUGAACUAAUUAAUUUGUGGAUUGCUGAAAGGUUUGUCGAAUGGAGAGAAGGAAGGAGUAUUGAAGAUGUAGCUUGGGGUUAUCUUAGUGAACUUGUUAAUAGAAGUCUAAUUCAAGUGACUAAGGUGUUUUUUGAAGGAAUACCCCAAAUAUGUCGAAUCCAUGACCUGUUGAGAGAAGUUAUUCUUCUCAAGUCAAGGGAACAAAACAUGGUCACAGUUACUACUGGACAGCCGAUGACGUGGCCGUUCGACAAGGUACGCCGUCUAGUAGUCCAUAGUAGUAGCAGUAACAACGCCCAGCACCACCAACACAGACCAAAUUAUUGCUUUGACCGCCUUCGGUCAUUCGUUACAAUUGGAUCCACGGACCUGCUACUAUCCAAAACGUUGUUAUCCGAAGUUUUAAGGAGCAGUAAGUUGUUAAAGGUUUUGGAUUUGAGAGGUCAAGAGGCACAGGAGGAAAUACCAAAUGAGAUUUUCAACUUGUUUCAUCUCAAGCAUCUGAACCUAUAUGGUACAAGAGUGGAGAGAGUACCGAAAGCCAUUGGGAAACUUCAGCAAUUGGAGUAUUUGAAUUUGGAUGAUGAUUAUGGAUCUCAUGGAUUUAAAGCUCCAUCAAAUAUGGGACGGCUUCUUGCCCUACAAACAUUAAGCUGCAUAGAUGCAAGUAGUGGAUCUACAAUAGUCAAGGAGAUAGGAAAGCUGACCCAAUUAAGAGAGCUAUAUAUUACAAAGUUGAGAAGAGAAGAUGGAAAAGUGCUCUGCUGCUCCCUUGCCAACCUCACCAAUCUUCGGGAAUUAAGCGUUGCUUCGAUUGGAAAAGGUGAUGAUCAUGAGAUAAUCGAUUUAAAUCAUCGUCAUCCUCCUCUUUCUUCUUCGUCGUUUCUUCAAUCUCUUCGUAUGCUGAUUUUGUAUGGCUGCUUAGAAAAGAUGCCACAAUGGGUAGCUCGUCUUCACGGCUUGGUAAGAAUAGAUUUGAAUUGGAGUGGGUUAAGGGGUGAGGAGGAUCCGCUUGAAUCCCUCCAGCAUUUGCCCAAUUUGGGUGAAAUCAAUUUCUGUGGAUCUUACCAAGGAGAAGGGUUGUGUUUCACGGCUGGAGGGUUCCUAAAUCUCAAGAGGAUGCACCUAAAGGGAAUGGAAGGGUUGAGAUGGAUGAGAGUGGAGGAGGGUGCAUUGUCUCGUCUCCAGAAACUAUUUCUGGAACAACUUCCAUUACUAGAGGAGUUACCAUCGGGUAUUCAGCACUUGAGCCAGCUUCAACGGCUGGUUUUGUAUGAGUUGAGUUCUCAAUUGAGAGGGAAGCUGUUGGAGAAUCAGAAGGAAGAAAGUGAAGAUUACACAAGAAUCGCACACAUUCCUUAUAUUCUCAUUGGUUACUAUACAGACGAUGGGGAAUGGAGAGAGUGCCAGCUAUGGGAGGAGGAGGAGAAGAAAACAUAA